AUGGACGGCGGCGUAAUCGCCAUCCUUGCAAACGUGAGUUUUGUGGCUCUGCUGGCCAUGGCGUUUUUUAUAAUGCGACAUAAGAUCAUUCGUAAUCAUACGCGUAGAUUGCGCGAAUUGGCGGCUCCGCUGUUGGGCAAUUCUAGUGGUAGAAAUGAUCACCGAUUGGAUGCAGCUACUAGGGAGGCAGAGAAGGGCUUUGACGUGUGUCCUGUAUGUGAGUUUGAGAACUUUAAGAAGGCACUCUUUUGCUCUAUCUGUGGGGAGCAAAUGGACACGAAGGAGAUGGUGGAAGACAAAGGCAGGAAAAACAAGUGGAAGCGCAGCAGAAAGGAGAAAAAAGAGUGGGAGAUGAAGACGCUACGUCAUGACUUGACAAAGCGUCAGCUUCGUGCAAGGAAGAGGAAGGAAUGGACGAGGAAAUUGGACGUAGAGGGCAACAUGUUUUGGUUCCGUGUAAAAGAAGAAAACGAGACUUUGACACCUGCUCGAGUAGGCAAAGUGAUUCGAUUUGUGAAGCUAAAUGAGAAUGCAAAGAUGCCCGGACAAGUUAACGGUCCGGUCGCGACACAAAGUGAUGUGGCGAUUGUGGAGUCUGUGAAAGUGAAGAUAUUCAAUGAGGUGGUCCAUAUGGAAAUUGUGCCUGCUACGAAAUGGAACGCUGCGGCACGAGCGACUGGGGAAGUGCUUGAAAACGAUACUCAAGUUGGAGUUGAGCGCCGUCGCGAAAUAUUGAAAUUGGCGGCUAAGGACUUUCCGUCAAAGUACGCGUACUUUGUCCAGAGCUCGGCGUCGCUACUCGUCCCGCCUGAGGUGGAGUUUCUUAAGCUGUCCAUUCACAGAGAUUACAUGUUUGAGGAAUCUAUGGAACACCUUGGCUGUAUAGAUGAGAAGUACAUUCGGUCGGCUAUGCGAAUUAAUUUUCUCGAGGAAAGUGGCGUGGACGCAGGUGGACUCCAUCGAGAAUGGUUUAUGAUGCUUACGGAGCUACUUAUGGAUCCGAAAGCGGGGUUAUUCAAGGUCACGCAAGGAGACGACCGGGCGUUCUUUCUGAACUCAAAUUCCAGCUAUGAAAAUGGCGAGGAACAUCUUGUCUAUUAUUACGGAGCAGGGCGUUUAUUAGGGCGAUCACUUUUGGAAGGCACGGUGCUUAACUUUCAUCUGUGCGUUCCACUACUCAAGCUUAUUUUAGGUACGCCACUGUGUAUGGACGACGUAGAGUACAUUGACCCCGAGGUACACAAGAGCAUGAAGUGGAUACUGGAAAAUGACGGUGUCGAAGCGUUGGACCUGGAUUUCAGCGUGAUGGAGCGUGUAGGCUGUCAGACAGUGCUGGUCGAUCUUAUCCCUAACGGACGCAACAUCGAAGUUACCGAUGUCAACAAGCACGAGUAUUUGGAACGCAAAUUCGAGCAUUUGCUGCUGAGGAGCGUCGCUGAUCAGCUGUAUGUCUUUCUCAAAGGAAUUUACGAAGUCAUUCCGCAGCAGUUGUUGACGCUCUUCGAUUACGAAGAGCUGGAUAAUCUCAUGUGUGGAUCUCCCGAAAUCGACGUUGACGAUUGGGAGAAACACACAUCCGUCGCCGAGAGCGUGUCGAGGUCUCCGACUCUUGGGUGGUUCUGGGAGAUUGUACGUGAGAUGCCCAAUGAAUACCGACGGCGUCUAUUGCAGUUCACUACGGGCUGUUCACGUGUACCACUCGUGGGGUUUAUGGGACUCACUAGUUACGACGGUAAGGUUUGUUUGUUUACCAUCCGAGGAAUUGUCGGUGCGCCGGAUGAGUUUGUGCGGAGUUAUGCGUGUUUUAACCGGUUGGAUCUACCACUGGGUAUCUCACGUGCGGAGCUCAAACGGAUGCUUUAUGCGGUGUUGGAUACGGAGUUAUAUGGCUUCACUACGGACUAA